ACAUGUAUCGUAAUUUGUAUAUUCUUUACCGUUUAUUGAGUUAACACCUGUUCCAAUGUACAUGUUUAUGUUGAAAUCAGUUUAAUAAAUGGUUUUGUGUUGGAGUUUAGUACAGUUCUACUGCUCUCUAUUUUUAUCUGUAGGUUUUAUGGUACAACAUGGUCAUACGGGGUAGGUAUUUUUUUUGGAACAAAAAUCCCCCCCCCCCUUCCACUAGUCCCCUCCCCUGUAAUUAAUGACCGGUCCCUAUGAAAAUGGUGAAAAAAGUUAUUUACAGGAAAGAAGCCAAAUUGUCAAAUAGGUCAAAUGAAAUCAACGUUACGAGUGGAGUCCCACAAGGUUUAAUACUUAGAACACUCUUAUCUCUAAUAUACAUAAAUGAUAUUGAAAAUUGUAGUAACAUUCUUUCUUUUGUUUUAUAUGCCGAUGAUACAAAUACUGUUUAUUCAAAUUCAUGCUUAAACACAUGGCAUCUUUAAAAGGGAGAACAGGGAAUCGGGGAAUAUCAUAUUCCCCCUUUUAAAGAUCUUUAAAAGGGGAAAUAUCCCAUAUUCACCCUUUUAAAGAUCUUAAAAGGGGGAAUAUAAUAUUUAAAGAUCUUUAAAAGGGGGAAUAUCGCGAAUCUGAGACUGAUUUAAUCCCCUUGACUUGUAAAGAGUAGUACAGAAUCUUUAAGCAGUCUUAAGGGUUUUUUAAAAUUCACACAUAAAUUCUUUCAGACUUCAGGCUAUAUACACAGACAAGUUACACUGCGCGUAUUGCAAUUGAUGUUUUGCUGAUUUGUAGUACGGAAACUACUAUACUUUCGGUGUCUUUUGUCUGAAUACAGACACUGUAAUGUGCCACUACAACUUGUUAAUAUAGUUAUUACAUUAAUCCUUGCCGCAAACACCUUUGGAUAACAGUCCAAAACGUUAGUAACAACUGAUUACUAAACAUUUUAUCUAAAACAAGUGAUGGAUUCUGGUAAACCUUUGUACUCUGGUCUACCUUUUAGCACUAUUCAAAUGACAGACUUUAGCAAUUAAUUAACUAAGGCCUUCAAUCCGUUCGAUUAGUACUCUUCACUCGAGAUUUGGUUUUCUGUAGUUUCGAAAUAUGUCGCCCAUAUAAAAUUUGUUUAUUCCCCAAAGAACCAGAAUACAUUACUUAUUUAUAGUUUUAGACAAAAUGUUUAUAUAUUAAUUAAUCAGUGCAAUGUGUCAAAGUUUGAACUGUUUUCUAAAAGCGUUUGCAGUAAUCUAGAAUUGAUUAAACAGGCUGCCCACGAAAAUGAGGCUGCGAGCAGACUACAUGUGUUACUAAAUUCAGAGUUGCAAAACCUGUUCAAAUUUCCUCCGGGUAAAAUUUAAAGUUUUCAAACCUUCCUCAAAAUAAAUUGAAUAAAUACUAAAAUAUGGCUUCAUCAAAUAGCAAUAUAUUAGAGUAUAUAAACUUAAUUGAUUCUGAAAGCAUAAGGUUUGAAAGAGAUGUGUCGUUAAAUGCAGUACAUGAUUCUAAUAUAUAAUUUGCAGUAAUACAUUUAUACUUUGGACAAAUUGGAUAGUCCUUACCUACUAUAUCUACAUCCUAUACAUAUGAUGCAUGAUUUGGUCACAACCUUCCUGUCGAUAUCAACUGAAGUUGUUGAUUUUAUGCCUGUACACAUCGUAGUUACUAAAACAUGGAAUGACCCACAAUGAGCCACAACGACCCCACAACGACCCUAAAAUGACCCACGACGACCCAAAACCAGCCACAACAACUCACAACGAUCCACAAGUUCACAACAAUCCAACAACAACAACAUUCUGUGCCACAAACAUUGGCCACCAUCAGUACUUUGACAGCUAUUCCUGUUAUAGAGAAAAUCAGGGCGUAGGGAAGCGUAGCUAGAGAAAUCCAUAGGGAAAAUCUCUGCAUGCGCAAGUGGAAGUCUUGCAUUUUCACGCCAAUUUUGAUCACAUGUGUUGAUUAUUAAACAUGUUGGAAGAAAAAGGUGUGUAUGGUGUGUACAACUCCAAAUAGUUAUCAAUAUUUUUCGGCCAAAUAUUUUAGUCGUUAAAAACAGAUCUUUAAUUUCUUUUGCACUAUGUGAUAAAUUCUGUAGUCAUUACAAACAUUGUCUGUCUUUGUGUUGUUCUGCCGUCUGUGCAAGCUUCAUUUAAUAUUUGCAUUUAUUUUUGCUGGCUGAAACUGAAAAGUGUUCAUAUUGUUUUCAUAUUAUACUGAAAGUAAAUAUAUUUAUUAGUACAGUGGUGUAUGUCCCGAAUGUUAUGAACAAAGGUAUUCCUCUAUUUGUGUGUGUCGAUGCUCUCACAUUUAACCCUUGCUAGCUCAUUUAUUCUCUGUGUUUUAAAUCCCACUGGUUCGCGUGAAGAUCAAGAUUAGGAUCGAGAUUAGGAUCGAAAGCUUUGCAAUAAUAAAAUAUGUGGUGUAUCCACAAACAAUAACUUAUAUUAUUUAUUGUCAUGCAAAAUUGCAACUGAAGGUAAUUUUGGGGUCGUUGUGGGGUCGUGGCAGAUAGUUCGGGCUCGUUCCAUGUUUUAGUAACUAUGCUGUACACAUAUAUAGAGGUCAGCAGUAAAACUAUGGCAACAACAUUCCAGAGGUGGUCUGGUGGUAUUUGAUCUUGAUGUUUUGGUACUUGUGGUUUUGAAAGGCAUUUCAGAGUGUUUAGGUCUUUUAAUAGAUGUAUGACCCAAUCACCCAAUUACACAGUCAGCGAGGCAUUGAAUGCUCUCACUUCUUUCCGAAGCAAAGUGCUAUGUUUAAACCAUGCAGUAUAGUGCCCUGCAUGGCGGUUUAUAAUCAAUGGCAAUGUUUGGAAUGGUUGAAAAUCAAUGGCAAUGGCAAUAUAUUAAUCUCUAUAACAGACGCUGCCAAUUAUGCAAUAUACUUAUGGUUAUCUUAUAGAUUGUGGGAAUUGACGGUGUAGGUAUCAGGUAUGUAAACAAUGAUUUCGAUUAUAGGACCUCGAUACAUUUUGUCGAUCUGUAUUAAAUAUGUAUGACAGCUACACACCUCAGUAACCAAGCUGUAUUAUUUUCGUCAGACUCGCAUCACACAUGCUAAAAUUUCUUCCUCAGCUUUAUUUAUAAUUUUUGUGGCAGUUUACAACAAUUCACCUUGGCCAUAUUUAUGUAAUUAUUACAAUGUUUAGCUGCUACAGCAAUGAUGGUUCAUUUAAUUUAUAGCUAUUAAUUAUUCUCUAAAAACAUUGGAAAAAGGUAAUCAAAUAAUCUUUGAAUAAUAUAAUGUUCAAGGUGAAUUUCUUAUUGUAACCAUGAUGAGUAGCUCUUAGUAAUAUGUUAUAGGUACUAUACCACAAUAAUACCACCACAAUAGUACCAGUGUCAGCCUCAACUGCCUAUUCAACUAUGAUUUACUUGUUUGUGUGAUGUUACUCUGAGUGUAUAUCCAUACCGGGCAGGCUUGAAAAAUAUGCCUGGCCACGGCGGGAUUCGAACCUACGACCUUUGGAAUACUAGCCCAAUGCUCUUCCAACUGAGCUACGCGGUCAGGACGGUUCGAGUAUGCGAUAUUUCAGAACUGAAUCUAGUUCCUUCGAUAUCAGUGUAAUCUAAUAAUCAUGAAAUCUGCUGUGCUGGUGUAAUGUACUCAGGUGAAUAAGAUGUUUGUGCGAUGUUACUCUGAGUGUAUAUCCAUACCGGGCAGGCUUGAAAAAUAUGCCUGGCCACGGCGGGAUUCGAACCUACGACCUUUGGAAUACUAGCCCAAAGAUUACACUGAUAUCGAAGGAACUAGACUCAGUUCUGAAAUAUCGCAUACUCGAACCGUCCUGACCGCGUAGUUCAGUUGGAAGAGCAUUGGGCUAGUAUUCCAAAGGUCGUAGGUUCGAAUCCCGCCGUGGCCAGGCAUAUUUUUCAAGCCUGCCCGGUAUGGAUAUACACUCAGAGUAACAUCGCACAAACAUCUUAUUCACCUGAGUACAUUACACCAGCACAGCAGAUUUCAUGAUUAUUAGAUUACACUGAUAUCGAAGGAACUAGACUCAGUUCUGAAAUAUCGCAUACUCGAACCGUCCUGACCGCGUAGCUCAGUUGGAAGAGCAUUGGGCUAGUAUUCCAAAGGUCGUAGGUUUGAAUCCCGCCGUGGCCAGGCAUAUUUUUCAAGCCUGCCCGGUAUGGAUAUACACUCAGAGUAACAUCGCACAAACAUCUUAUUCACCUGAGUACAUUACACCAGCACAGCAGAUUUUAUGAUUUACUUGUUUCACUUUUUGGUGUUAGCGACUGUUGACCACUAAACCUUCCUCACUGACCUUGCCUAUGGUAAACCUUCCUCACAGGCAAUGCCUGCAAGCCUGCAGCUUUUUGCAACUUUGACUAAAUUAUGAAAUAUUCAUGAAGCGUGUGAACCAAGAUAAUAUCGAUGACUCUAUACUACUCUUGUGCUAGUUGGCAUGUUAAAUUAUUCCUAAACAGAAGAAAUGUCUAUACAGCAGGCUAUUUAGUAAACUGGGUAUAGCGACUAUAGUUAAAGUUGAAUAAACCAAACCCUUCCCUAACACCUAACCUGCCUUUUGAGAUAAAGAAAAGGCCAAAAAAAAGUUGAAAAAAUUUUAAGAAAAAAAUGCUAUGUCAGACAAAACACAUCCCGACCCAGACUGAGUUUCACAUUCCACAUGCAGUGCCUUUACCGCAUAUGCUAACGGCAAGCUUGGUACAAACUAGCUCAAACAAAAUGUUUUAUAUGUAAUUAUAGUUACUAUAUAGCCAGCAGUUCCCUUACGAAAAUUUCCUAUAGGAAUUCCUACAGGAAAAAUUCCUAUAAGAAUUUUUCCUAUAGGAAUUCCUAUAGGAAUUCCUAUAGGAAAAAUUCCUAUAGGAAAAAUUCCUAUAGGAAUUUUGUCCCAAAUUCUUAUAGGAAUUUUUCCUAUAGGAAUUCCUAUAGGAAAAAUUCCUAUAGGAAUUUUUUCUACAGGAAUUCCUAUAAGAAUUUAAUAGGAAGAAUUCCUAUAAGAACUCUCAAGUCUAGUCCCAAAUUAUUAUAGGAAUUUCCUAUAAGAAAAUAAUUUAUUCUAAUUUCCUAUAAGAUUUUUGGUAUUCCUGCAGAAAUUCUAGAAUCUAGAUGAAAUAUUUAAAUAAUAAUAGUAAAUGACAGACAAUGUUGUUCAUCACUCUUAAUUUUUUAAUGCAAAAAAUAGAUAUAAAUAUUAAUUAAUAAAUACUAAUUAAUAUUGCAAAUAUAAAAAUUAAUAUGAGAAAUUGGUUAUACUAAACAUUACAAAUCAAUUAUAGUUUUCACCUAUUGUGACAAAUUAAUCGUUCUACCUCAAUGCAAUGCCAUAUGAUGCGUCCUACUUUAUUAUUUUACUCUGUCUAACUAUUUUACUUUGUCUAAUGCCAGACUAUUUUACUCUGUCUAACUCCAGACAAUUGUACUUGAAUGUCAAGGGGAAAUGCUGGCUCCUAAUGGGUUAACUAGCCUAUAUUCCUAUAUAUGUGUCUAGUUAACCCAUUGAAUCACAUUGCGCCCUGAUAUGCCUACUUUAUUAUUUUACUAUAGUUUACUCUGUCUAACGCCAGACGAUUUUACUUGUCAGAGCGCUGGCGCUUAAUGGGCUAAAACCAUAGGUAAUAACCAUAAUUGACAUUUAAAGUUAAGUUUAAAACUGGCCUCAAAGCAUAGUCCUCAAAUAAGUUCUUGUUCUUGUUUGCUUUUCUGUACUUUGCAACACUUUCCCAUGUUGUUUAUAUUUGUCCUCAUAUGUUGACGAACCUCUGAGGCCUUACAUCCAUACUUUGUCGAUAGCUGUAAAAAGACAAAUACAUUUAUUUUAUGUCUACCAUCCCAAUGUGUUUUGUUAACCCAUUAAAUAUGCCCAAAUGCACCCAAUUUAUUAUUUUACUCUAAGUGGAGAGUCUAGCACUUUAAUAGAAUAAACACAGUAAAAUAACAAAGUACUAAAAGUAGGGCACAUUGCUUCUAAAUAUGCCACACAGCAGCUUUUGCAGUUAAUUAUUAACCUUUCAAUGACCAACAUUCAUUUUGAUGAGUAAAAUCAUCUGAUAAAUAUCAAAGUACUGAAAGUGGGGAUUGAGUGUUAGGGUGAAUUGCAUCUAAAUGUGCUAACGCCAAAUAAUGCAAAAUAGUCUGGUAUUAACAGGGCAAAUAUUGAGCUUUGAAAUAGAGCGCAUUAGUGUGAAUUUGUGAAUUGGGUCUUAAUGAGUUUACACAUAACACAGGGAGACAGCAAGUAACCUAUCAAAGUUGUCCACUCUCUUUCAAGUAAAAUGAUCUGGUGUUAGACAAGGUAAAAUAAAAAAGUACUGAAAGUUGAGCACAUUCAUCUUAACAAGUUAGCAUGAAAUGUAAGCUAGCAGAGAGUCUGGUUAAUUUGAAUACCAUCACAUAGUUAUGUUUAUAAACUGUGGUUUAAUUAAUAGAAAAACAUGGAUAAUUUUCCUGGCAUUACACUAAAGCAUGUCUAAAGGCUAACAGAUUUUAAUACAUUGACUGGUGCAAGACCUCUCAAAAUGAAAAUUGUUUAAUUUAAACAAAACAUAUGAAUAAAUACUGCUGCUGAUUUGAGCAAGUAGUUAAAUUUUCUAUAGGCAUGCAUUAAAUAUGGCUGACAAUUUACAAUUAAUCUGGCAUAUACAGUUGGCACUUGGGAUAUACAAAUAUAUUAAUAAACAUGGAUAAGUCUGAUUCAAAUAUAAGACUUUUAUAGUAGCAUUUGUUGAAGCUAGUAUAAAUGCUAUAAAUAUAUUUAUAUCAGCAUUCUAAUUCCGUUUAUAUUGUCGCGGCAAAUUCAAAUUUUAUCGAACCCGACGAACCACAUGCUCGAAUUUCACAAAUGAAGAUUGGAGGUAUUUCCUCUAUAAUUUGCUUUAUUAUAAAUAAAAUAUAAACUUAUUCUUACCUGAACAUUAUGCAAACAUCCCUGAUGUAUUACUAGUGAAAAUCCAGUUGAAUCCCAUCAAAAAUAGUUCUAUUUUGCACAUAAACCAUUGACAAACACUGACUUGAAAAAAUAUGGUUAGCACUAUUUUCCAUCCAGCAAACCGCCCUAACAUUUUUGGAGAGUGGCAUGGGUCGAGUUUAUGUUAUGAUUAUUUUAAACGGAAGUUUAAUAGUGAAAUUUCGCGGUAAAAUUUAACAUAUAUUUACAAGUUUGGCGCGUUUAUUAUUCGCAGAAUAUUCCAGCCUGAUUCCACAGCGUUUAUACAAAUUACAGCUAUAAAUACAAACUUAUAAUUUAGCUUUAUAAAUCUAUAACUACAAAAAGUUUUAACCAAGCUUUAUUGUCAUAUUUGGUUUACAUAUUUCAAAAUAUACAUCGCCAAAAUGGCGAACUUAAUAAUGGCGAAGGGCUUUCAUGUCCAAAUUUCAAACACAUUCGGAUAUGUGCUGCAAGAAGAUGCCGUCGCCAGACGUUGUCCGGGACUGGGAAAUGCAAACAAUGACUUCGUUUUCAAACUGGAAAAAAUCCAAAAACUUUGGGCGGAUAGGUAAGAAAAAUUUCAUCUAUAAAUAAACUUUGCCUUCUACAAAAUUAUAUUGAAUUGCACACAACUACAAAUAAAACCAAACGGCACAGGAACAUCUACAAUCACGUUGCUGCAUGUGUUUACGAACACAUUUACCAACCAUAUAUUAAAGCGAUCUUGGUUUAUAUUUUCAAAUAUUUUUGUAUAAAGCAUUUACUUUAUCGAAGUGUUUACCAAGGCCGGCGAGAGGGGGGAGGGGGGCAGGGCAAAUCACGAUAACAUGUUCGUAUAUUGUUUAUCAUCAGCAAUUUCCAGAGGGACAAUUUCCCGGGGCCCGUAGUUGGCUCUCGCCGGCCUUGGUGUUUACAACAGCCGGCUAUUUAGUAAACUGCCAGCUACAUAGUAACUAUAGUUAAAAGUGAUUUUUUAUAAGAUAAACCAAUCCCAACUCCAAACCUUUCUCUAAUCUUAACCCCUAACCUAACCUUUCGAGAGUCAGAAAAGAAAAAAAUUAUUUAUGGUUCUGGGAUUUCACACCUCUUCCCUCUCAACAUCUAUGUGACCUCCUCUGGCAACAGCAAAGACCAAAAACGUUUGUGAUACCCCCCCCCCCCCAUUUUAUAUAAGAUACAGUACAAGUGUAUAAAUACGUAUGUACAAUACGAAUUAAACAAUUAAAAAGUAUUUCUAUUUUAUGACGUUAGUAUAAUAGAGCAAACGCUCCUGUAAACUUGUAGCCAUUAUCUGAACACCAACAUGGCGGCCAGGACUUUUGUUGAGGAUAAUAAUUAUAUCUAUUUGCAUUAAAAUUCGCGCAGUACUAGAAUUUUGAGGUCAACUAAUCGCUUUUUGAUUAAAUUUUGACAAAUAUUGAAGUAUUUGUUGAUAAAAAAAACUCAUUGUAAAUGCGUCAACUGUUGAUAGUUCUUAAAUAACAUUCCAACAUCAAUGCCUACAUAAAAUUUUUAACUUUUCAGACCCUCUUGCAACCUCACAUAAAAUCUGGUGGGCAGAUAAUUCUUUGGAGUUUGACGGUAUUCUGUAUCAGAUUUUGGGGACGAAAGUACUUGACUGCGCUCAGGGCAAAGACAGGAAAGAAAAGAUGAAAAGGGAAAGAAAAUUAAUGAAGCAGGUACUUACUUGAUCAUAUCCAGUGUCAUUUCAACACGGAAAACAUAUCAUUUAAGUAUUGGUUUUGUACCAUUUCAUGUGCAAAAUUUAGAACUGCGCAAAAGUUUCCGAUUGAGGGUACGCGAAAUUGAGGGAAGACAUUUCAAACAUGCAAUGAGGGAUUAAAUACACGUGAUGUUUUCAAGGCCAUGCAGGUUUCAUACAGUUAUAUUGGUAGGCUAUUUAGGCCAUUUUACUUUUGGUGUACUGUGUUUUGUGGCUGAAACAGAGCAAAAUGCGGGUAUAAAGUGUCCUAGGUUUAACUAAAGACAAGCCAUUACGGAAGACAGAUAAAGUUGGAAAUUUCUGAUUUACACCAUGCGGGAUUUAGUAAUAUUAGCAAAACAAUGCAAAAGUGAAGCAAGUAUAGUUUAGAUACGCGUAUCACACUGGCUAUUAUAUUCUAUAUACUUUAAUCCUCUUUUUAAAUAGAACAAAGAGCAUGGAUAUGCAUUUAAAUCCAGGAACUUAGUGCAAGAUACAAAAAAACUUGGAUGCUCUGCUCAGAUUAUUGUACGGGAGAUAAUGAAAUAUCCAAACUAUAAAGUAAGUUCAUAUAGCUAUGACAUACGACGGCACUAUGUCACUGUUUUCAUAUGAUGAGCUAGCCAAUGACUCUUGUUUGAAAGUGUCGUAUAUAUGAGCUUAAUCAUUUUUCUCAUUUUGCACCAGAUCAAUUUUGAUACGCCAAAGAGGAGAAGGACGGCUUCUGAGAAGCUAAGAAAGGAUCUGGAAGAAAGAAAUACUCAAGGAGAAAGACGAUUGUAUAUUAGUCUUCCAACUGUCCAUGACAAGCAUAUCAACGGGGAAGUUGGUAUAUAUUUAAACGUAAAUAAGAAUAAGGUAGUUUUAAGUAAUCGUAUAUGCCAAAAUGUACAACCAUGCAUAUACACGACAAAUAACUAAGUCAGCCACAUUUUACUGAAGAAGUAACCUAACUAACAUGUGUUGCGGCUUCUGUAUGCAGGGUUUGGGUAAAAAAGAGGUUCCUGAGACUUAAAUUUCUUUUCUGAAUCUCUAGGCAAGUGGGAUACAGCAGAUGGUUGAUACAAAACUCAUAGAAAAAAUUAGCGAGCUUGUUAAUGCGGGUGUAACAACGGUCAACGAAAUGAGGCGUCAUUUAAACGAGUACGUGAGACGGGAGUUGUUUGGAGGAACAGAAAUACCAGCUUCAAGCAACAGAAGGUAUUUUCCGACGAAGAAAGACAUCAUGAAUCAUAUGUAUCGUGCUACUGUUAAAAACCGCUUCUCCAAUUGCGACCAAGUUAAUGUAUCGAAACUCGUUGGUAAAUGGCUCCGCGAAAGCCCCAACGACAAACUGUACUUCAGGCCAUACGCAGACAUUGAAGAUCCGGAUCUCGACUCUACAGACGACGAAGACGAUGGGAGUGACACGGAUAAUGAAAACGAUGACGAGAAUAUCAAAAUAACAAAGAAAUGCUCCCGGCAAACCAUGAUGUUCGUUCACCAAACGAAAUGGCAAAGUCGUCUGCUAGAUAGGUAUGGUAACGACAUUUGUAUGUUGGAUGCUACCUACAAGACCACAAGAUAUGCAUUGCCAUUGUUCUUUCUGGCUGUUAGAACCAAUGUGGAUUAUCAGGUCGUCGGAUCAUUUGCCGUACAGGAUGAGUGUACCGACACAAUCAAAGAAGCUAUUGGUAUUAUAAAGAAGUGGAACCCAACAUGGAAGCCAAAAUUCUUCAUGACUGACUGUUGUCAAGAGGAAAUCACUGCAAUUGAAGACACAUUUGAAGGUACACUUCAGAAUUAAACAAGAUGCUUCGUUCAAAUAGACGUUUUGCAUGAUUAACUCAUUACUCACUUGCAAUUAAAUGUUAACAACGUUUAUACAUGCAGACAUGCACUGACCCAUUACGAAAACAUUAAACAAAAAUUAAAUGCAUGGUUUUUAAAUUUGAACGAUGCUUUGGUUAUCAUUUAUAUUAUCCUUGUUCUUGUUAUAGUAUUGUGUAUUGUAAUAUGGCGAAACUAAUAAAUAAAUAAUAAAUUCAAUACAUGUUUCAUGUUUUUGUUAUAAAUGCAUACCAUUCAAUGUUUUCAUAAUUCAAUUAUGUAUUGCAGAUUGCCACGUGUAUAUAUGCGAUUUUCACCGCGAGCAAGCAUGGGAGAGAUGGGCCAAUAAGAAAGACAACGGUGUGUGGAUGGAGAAAGAAACCUUGCUUUGCCAUUUGCGGAGAGCGGCUCGUGCUGAAACCGUUCCAAAAUAUAAUGAAGCUGUGGAUGCUCUAAAGUCGCUAACUAUGUGGAAAGAAAACACAAAGCUACGAAACUGGUUGAACAAAAUAUGGUUAAAAAUGUGCAAGGUAGUGUGUUAAGUCAAAGAACUCAAUAUAAACAAGAAUGGCUUCUUAGUACAUAUGUGAGAAAUUCUCAAAAAUGUCAAACAUUGCCAACAUAUAACGAAAUAUACGCAGCUUAAUUGGAUUUAUUUGUCUUUUUUUAUGAAGUUAGAUUAGCUUUAAUGAUGUUUGCAUUUCCCUUUCAGAGAUGGGCAAUUGCUUUUCGGAAUGAAGGUUUUAACGUCAAAGUUAAUACGAACAACGGUUUGGAGAGACAAAAUCAAGUUUUUAAGAGCAGCUAUUUGUUGGGUCACAAAUCCAAAAGCUUGAGUGCUAUGCUCACAGUGUUAAUUGAGCAAUAUCUUCCAGACAACUACAAGAGGUACAUAUUUAAGAAAUACGAUACAAUUUAUGUCGUUUUCUGUUCAGCAAUAGAUGCAUUGUUGACGUCAUAACGACAUACCGCUGGACCGAGUGGAUAACUUGUAUUCUUGCCUAGUAGCGUGGCCAGCCCGACGAUUUAGUCCCGCAAUGCAAAUAUUUUCGUGCUCAUUGGCUGAAACAAUCAAUUUCUAAAGAAAUGAAUAAUGAUAAUAAUUUUGAAUUUGCAUAGCGGGAGUAAAUUGUCGGGCUGACUACACCACUGUUCUUGCCGUUACGCUACACGCGUAAAAGUUAGAAAAUCAACAACUUGUUCCAGGUUGAUAUCAACAGGCGUGAACAAGGUUGUGCGGCCCAAUAUGAACAAUAUUGUCAACAUGUUGUUACAGCAUUGUUCAACUUUAACAACUUGGAACAACAUGGUUGACAGCUUGUUCAUUGUUGACCGCACAACAUUGUUCACGCCUGUCGAUAUCAACUUGGAACAACCUGCGCGUUUUUAGCCGUGUAUGGGGUGCUCUGUGUAUCUUUAGCAUAACAGAUAACGGGAAAAUAUUCCAUUCGUUUUACAAUAAAAACGACUUCACUUGACUUGUCAAAACGUUUUGGGACUUUGAAGUUCCAAACUUGGCGCCAUUCGUCAUGGUUAACACCUAGUGAAUAUGCGGAAUUAUCUCUGAGUAUUGAUGUAUAUAGGACAUGGAAUUAUUAUCGUAUCUUUCACUUCUUUCAUUGUAACUUAUAGAUAUUUGGAACUAAAUGUGAGAUACAGCAGUUCUUACCGAGCCUACAACCAAGAUAUUCCUGCAUUUUUGGUCAACAGGCCAAGAGAGCUUGUGAUACACUGCAUGAUGCGACUGGAGGCUGGCAAAAGUAUCCCUAAAUCGAAUAUCUUAAUGGUUGAUCCUGAAAAUGGAUGCUUUCAAGUGCAAAGCCAAAGUCGUAACCAAACCUACAACUUGAACUUUGGUAACCGUUCUUCAAUGCCACAUUGUGAUUGUAUGGAUUGGAGAAACAACUAUCUCCCCUGUAAGCACUUCCUAUCCAUUUUCUACCACUUCCCAAAGUGGAACUGGGAAACAUUCCCGAUAGAGUAUAAAGAUUCACCUUUGCUCCGCCUCGACAGUGAUCUUGCACAACAAUCGCUUUCUGAAACCCAAAAAAAUGAAACAGGAUCUUACCACCAAGAAAAUAUUAACGCUGAUGACAACGACUUCCACAACUCCACAACACCGGAUGACUAUUGUUCUUCUGAUGAAGAUGCCACUGAGUCGGAUGUUUUACCAUUGCCAAGAAAGAAAUUGUCCCCACAAAGCGAAGCCGCAAAGGUACGGAAGUACUGCAUCAAAUCCGAUCCCUAUCCUUCCUUGUCUACGAUUUCACAGCCAUUCGUGAUUUGCAUUCUACUCUACGAAAGGCCAUGGAGGAUUUCAGAAAGCACACAACAUCCGAAGAUGGAAUCGAUCUUGAAAUAGAUCCGUUAAGAACAUCAACUAAAGUCAGCACAGCGAAAGCCAAUCCAAGUCAUAGCAUGGAAACGCCAAACCGAAAGAAUGACAUUGAAGAAGGUUCUGUACGUCCGCUCCCAAGUAACACAAAAAGCAAACAUAAAUACGGCGGUAGAGUUGGUGAGGUUGCCGCGACAAUGAAGAAAAUGUAUAAAGUGUCCACCAGCGUAAAUGAUUUAAUCAUAAAAGAAAACGACAGCGUUACAAAUACCAGUCAAUCAAGACACGAUGAACUAGAACAAAUGGACAUUGAUUUAGUAGCAGUUGAUGGUGUUCAUCAAGCAGCGCAGACACUCGAUGGAGAGAACGACGAAGUAAUCUUUAUCAAACAAGCAGUUGGUAAUGCAGCAAAAAGAAAGCCACGAAAGCUAGCGACUCAAGAUAUUGCCAUCAUAAAGAAUGGGAAUAUGCUAACUGACAAUGCAAUCAACAUUGCCCAGAACAUAUUGCACAACCAGUACCCUCUUAUAAGCGGUCUAGAAGAUACAGUAUUAGGCCCUUGUUUUAAUUUCUCCAUAGCCAGAGGUGAAUUUGUCCAAGUUCUGCAUGAUGGGGCACUACAUUGGGUAUGCGUUUCCAAUGUUGGUUGCAAAGAAGCCGGCUCUGUCAACGUGUAUGAUAGUUUGAACAAAGGGAACAUCGCAUCGCAUAUCAAGAAACAAGUUGCCAGUAUGCUUUUCCAUAGUGGUCCAAUAGUAAAAUUGAAUAUUCAGCAAGUACAGCAACAGGACAAUUCAGUUGAUUGUGGAGUUUUUGCAAUCGCAUAUGCAACAUCCAUUCUUCACGGCCAAAACCCAGAGGAUUUGAAUUAUGACACACAAAAACUUCGUCAGCAUCUUUUAAGCUGCAUCAGCAGUGGCAUAGUGAAAGCAUUUCCAUUGGCCAACCAACCGCAUAGUAAAAGCAAGAAGAAAACCUUGAGAAUGAAAUUGUUUUGCUGUUGCAGAAUGCCCUGGGAUGCAGCUGAUGAGGCAAUACCAGAGAAACAAAUGGCACAGUGUGACACCUGUGAAAAAUGGUAUCAUCGUUCAUGCGAAAAGAUUCCUGAACUUGUUUAUAGCACGAACUGCUUCUGGAAAUGCACAAAUUGCUCUGCAACAUAA